AUGACUUUCGUCUCAGAUGAUCCCAGUUGGUGGCCGCAAAUCAUUUCAAAUAUUUUUUAUAGCUAUUGGACAGCUGCCGCCGGUGUCGUGGUGGUAUAUGAUUGGGUCUUAACACUCGGACAAGAGAUUGAACUCAUCUGGAGACAACGCUGGUCUCUCAUGACCGUGCUGUAUUUGAUUAUACGCUAUAUUGGAAUACCAUAUUCUGUUAUCUAUCUUCUGGGCACUAUCACGGACUACGCACUAAAUGGCACAAAUGUGGCCUUGACUGCCAUGUUGGGCGUCAUCAUGAUUGCUCGGUUGUAUGCCAUGUAUCAGGGAUCUAGAACGAUGCUCAUCUUCCUUGUUAUCAUGUUUCUGGCUGUUAACAUUGCCUGCGGAGUGAUCUCGGCAAUAGACCUCAAGUAUGCCGUAUCAGAGGAGAUGAUACUCUCUGGCAUACAUGUGUGCGGUUAUGGAUAUGGAGGCAACGAGCAGCUUCUGUUCUCAAUGGUUUGGAUACUCUACACUGUUUGGGAGGUCCUUGCACUGUGUUGUUCAGUCUAUAUUGCUGUGAAACACUUCCGUGAGGUGCGACGUCUCAGCCCAUCGACAGGAUCGACCAUUGGGGACUGUUUCAGAGUGCUGAUACAAUCUCACGUUCUCUAUUUUGCAAGCUUUGUCGGUGUCUCGUGCCUCCAGCUUGCUAAUCUUUCUCCAGAAAUCUUGAAUUCAGUUUCCAUUGGAGCUCAGUUACUCCAAGGUGUUCUUCAAAUUUUAUUGGCCGUGCAGAUGUUUGUGCUGGGACCACGCCUCAUCCUUAGUGUUCGAGAAUAUAACGCCAAACUUGUGGCCGACUCCGAUGCAGAAACUAGCAUGAAUUCGAUUGUUUUCCAGGAGCAUGUACAUGUAUCAACUAGCAGUACCGUGUAG